GAACUUUGUGUGAACUAAUUUAUCUGACCCAAGUUAACGAGGAGGCCGAGACAGGAGGGGAAUGUGUAUAAAAGGGUGCAUGGAAACCAGAAAGAGAGACACAACCAGAGAAUCAGUUAUAAGAGAAGAACUUUGAAUCAGCUCCUAGGGUCAUGGGUUUGUACACUUUGUUGGUAACCUUGAUGUGCACGGUGCUCCUUCCUGUGCUCCUGCUUCUCGCCGCGGUGAAGCUCUGGCAAGUUUGGGUGAUUCGAGGACUAGAUCCAGGAUCCACGAACCCUCUACCUCCAGGCACCAUGGGACUGCCUUUUAUUGGAGAGACUCUCCAACUCAUCCUCCAGAGAAGAAAGUUCCUGCGUAUGAAGCGCCAAAAAUACGGCUUUAUCUACAAAACGCACCUCUUUGGAAACCCCACGGUUCGCGUCAUGGGCGCUGAGAACGUGCGCCAGAUCCUACUCGGGGAGCACAAGCUGGUCGCGGUGCAAUGGCCCGCUUCGGUGAGGACCAUCCUGGGAUCAGACACGCUCUCCAACGUACACGGGAGUCUGCACCGAAACAAGAAAAAGGCGAUCCUAAAGGCUUUCUCUCGGGAUGCUCUCGAGCACUACAUCCCGGUGAUCCAGGAGGAGGUGCGCUGCGCAGUCACCGACUGGAUGGAGCGCGAUGCGCCCGUGCUCGUGUACCCGGAAUUGAAGCGCCUCAUGUUCCGCAUCGCCAUGAGGAUCCUCCUGGGUUUCGAUCCCGAGCAGAUCAAGAGGGACGAGCAAGAGCUUGUUGAAGCGUUUGAAGAAAUGAUUAAAAACCUCUUCUCCCUUCCAAUCGAUGUCCCAUUCAGCGGCUUGUAUCGGGGUCUUAAAGCACGGAAUUUCAUCCACGCCAAAAUCGAGGAGAACAUCAAGAAGAAAAUCCAAGAUGGUGACAACGAGAACGAGCCCAAGUACAAGGAUGCUCUCCAGCAGCUUAUUGAGAACAGCAGGAGAAGCGAUGAGCCCCUGAGCAUGCAGGCGAUGAAGGAGGCAGCAACCGAACUUCUCUUCGGCGGUCACGAGACCACCGCUAGUACGGCGACGUCUCUGGUGAUGUUCUUGGGACUGAAUCCAGAGGUGAUUCAGAGGAUCCGAGAGGAGCUCGAAGAGAAGGAGUUUUCAAGCAUGUAUUUGCCAGAAAGAGCUGUUAACAUGAAGCUGCUGGAACAUCUCAAGUACACCGGCUGUGUCAUUAAGGAAACCCUCCGAAUUAACCCACCCGUGCCUGGGGGAUUCCGUGUUGCACUUAAAACGUUUGAACUCAAUGGCUACCAGAUUCCCAAAGGCUGGAAUGUCAUUUACAGCAUUUGCGAUACCCACGAUGUUGCAGAUAUCUUCCCGCACAAAGAGGAAUUCCAGCCUGAGAGAUUCAUGGCUAAAGGCUUGGAAGACAGUUCCAGGUUUAACUACAUCCCCUUCGGAGGAGGAGCCAGGAUGUGUGUGGGAAAGGAGUUUGCCAAAAUGCUGCUCAAGAUCUUUUUAGUUGAGCUAACACAGCACUGCAACUGGACACUUUUAAAUGGACCGCCGACAAUGAAAACGGGCCCGACUGUAUACCCUGUGGACAAUCUUCCCACAAAGUUUUGCCGUUAUAUCCGUUAAAAUCCACAUUAAAUCAGGCACAGACUGUUGGCAAGGGAAUUGUACAGAUGCCUGCGUGUGUGUGUGUGUGUGUGUGUGUGUGUGUGUGUGUGUGUGUGUGUGUGUGUGUGUGUGUGUGUGUGUGUGUGUGUGUGUGUGUGUGUGUGUGUGGUUUAAAACUUUGCUGAUGAACUGUAACGUAUGAGGUUUUAUAUCAAAUCUGUAUAGAAUUCCAUUGUUUAACUAAGGGCACUACUCUUUUUAUCAAUCACUGUAUUUCUUUGAGGUAUAUAAUGUAUAUUUGUAAUGUAGUUUUAUAUAUAUGGAAAAAAAAAUAUAUAUAUAUAUGCGUAUAGUGUGUUCUACUGAAUGCAACUUAAUUUAAAUUGACAGUUUGUUGUAUGUUUUUUAUUUAAUAAAACUGACAUUAUUGGGGAAAAA